CUUUGUAACUGAGUUUGGGAACACUAAGAGCUGGUGGAUGAAGCGUUUAAACCACCAAUUCGAGAGAUUACAUCAGACUCUUCUCCGUGGGACAGGUUUUCACCCACGUUGCUUCUUACCAGACAGUCGUCAAUGAAUCUCGCAGACGGAAUUCGACUAUAAAAGACUUGCCUUUUCUUUUAUCACUGCAUUUAAAGUUUUGGCACUGUUUUAGUAACAAUUUUACAAUUUGGAUACUUCCUUUUGCUACCACUCCCUAUAUUUUGCUUCCAACUGGGAAGGAAAAGAAUUGGACUUUACCAUUUUAAAGACAUAUUGACCGCACAGACACAACAUUUCUUUCCUUUGGGAAAAGCUGGCAUCUUGUAUGCCUACUACACAUUUUGUAAAGUGUUUGGUUUGAAGACAAGACCGAUUUUGUUUGAAAUUCAAGAUUACAUUUCAUAGUGUACCAUUUCCAGUAUAAUAUUAUCCUCCUAUUUUUUUUUGUGGAUGAUUGUAACUACAGAGAGCUACUUUCUUGCUUUCUGAAUCUGGACCCUAAAAAAAUAGGCUCACCCCCAAAUCGGAGCUAGCCCAAGCUAACCACAUCAAAUACCAAGAUGAAUGAAAUCCAGGACCUGGCAUCUCCAGCGGCUGCUCUUUCCAUGGUCCCCACAGCCUGUGUCUCCAAAGUAGAGCUCCGGGUGUCCUGUAAAGCGCUGCUAGAUCGGGACACAUUAAAAAAAUCCGAUCCCAGUGUGGUCCUUUUGGUGCAGGCACAGGGACAGUGGACCGAGAUCGACAGGACUGAAGUUAUCAAGAGCAACCUGCACCCUGUGUUUUCCAAAGUCUUCACGCUGGAUUAUUACUUUGAGGAGGUCCAGAAGCUGCGGUUCGAAGUCUAUGACAUCCACGGGCAGUGUGCCAUCGGGACCCGCGAUGACGACUUCCUGGGAGGCAUGGAGUGUACAGUCGGGCAGAUAGUGGCCCAGAAGAGAAUGACAAAGCCCCUCUUUCUGAAAUAUGGGAAAUACGCUGGGAAAUCCACUAUAACAGUUAUUGCAGAAGAAAUUUCUGGAAACAAUGGUUACGUUGAGCUUUCUUUCUGUGCAAAGAAGUUGGAUGAUAAGGAUCUCUUCAGUAAGUCGGAUCCCUUCUUAGAAAUUUACCGGAUCAAUGAAGAUGAGAGUGAGCAGCUUGUCCACAGAACUGAGGUUAUCAAGAAUAACCUGAACCCUGUCUGGGACUCCUUUAAAGUCUCGCUGAGCUCACUGUGCAGCUGCGACGAGAACAAGAAAUUGAAAUGUUUGGUGUGGGAUUAUGACUCCAGGGGAAAGCAUGACUUCAUUGGGGAGUUUUUCACCACUUUUGGAGAAAUGCAGAAAAUUGUGGGUGGCAACACGGUCAGCUGGGACUGUGUAAACCCCAAGUACAAAAUCAAGAAGAGGAAUUACAAGAACUCUGGAGUGGUAAUUCUGAGCGAACUCAAACUUCACAGAGAGCACUCUUUCUUGGAUUUCAUCAUGGGGGGAUGCCAGAUACACUUCACAGUAGCUAUUGAUUUCACUGCCUCCAAUGGAGAUCCUCGUAACAGCUGCUCGCUCCAUUACAUCAACCCCUACCAGCCCAAUGAGUAUCUGAAAGCCUUGGUUGCAGUGGGAGAGAUCUGCCAGGACUAUGACAGUGACAAGAGGUUUUCUGCUUUGGGCUUUGGCGCUAGAAUCCCUCCAAAUUAUGAGGUUUCUCAUGACUUUGCAAUUAAUUUCAACCCAGACGAUGAUGAAUGUGAAGAAAUCCAGGGAGUUGUGGAGGCCUACCAGAGCUGCCUGCCCAAAAUCCAGCUGUACGGCCCAACCAACGUGGCCCCCAUCAUCAGCAAGGUGGCAAAACUGGCAGCCAGGGAAGAGAAGAGCAAGGAUGCAUCUCAAUACCACAUCCUGCUGAUCCUGACGGACGGCGUUGUCACUGACAUGGCGGAUACGCGGGAAGCCAUCGUGCGGGCUUCCUACCAGCCCAUGUCAAUCAUCAUCGUGGGCGUGGGCAAUGCAGACUUCACAGACAUGCAGAUCCUGGAUGGCGAUGACGGGGUGCUGCGCGCCCCCAAGGGAGAGCCUGUCCUCAGAGACAUCGUCCAGUUUGUCCCCUUCAGAGAAUUCAAGACGGCCUCCCCAGCAGCCCUGGCAAAGUGUGUGCUGGCAGAGGUGCCCAAACAGGUAGUGGAAUAUUACAGCUACAAGGCCUUCUCACCUAAAUGCCCAAUAAUGGAUUCACCUAUUUCACCAGCCAACACUCCUGAAUAAUUAGGGGGA